CGAAACAUGUCCGCUUCAGACGAUUAUGUAUGUAUGUAUGUAUGUAUCUGUAUAGGGCUUUGCGAGAGACAGCAGCGGCGUACCCAAUGUAAGUUCAAACAAGAUUCCAAUUAAACUGUUCUUCCUCCGAAAUACUCUCAAGCACGACGACGACGGAGACGGGAAUUGAAGUCGACAGAGAAAAAUGCGGCCGGCGCUGAGGUUUCCAGCUGUCCGCCGAUGUUUUUAGGCAUAUCCCGGCAAACUCCAGUCGAAAUCGAAGCCCCUUGUCCGAAGAAGAAGGGGUAUCGAGAAUGUCGGAGCCACAGGAUUUAGAAAACCCUGAGAAAGAAACAGAGAAAUCCAUCUCUCUGGACAUAGCAUCGACGCCGAGAUCGGUGAUCAUCAUCCCGCGCAGCAGAUCGCAGGCGGCGGCGUGCCGGCGCGUGACGCCGGCGUCGAUUUCGGACAGCAACGCGCGGGAGAAGCGUCUGCCGAACGGGGAUCUGUACACAGGAACUUUCUCGAACAACACCCCCCACGGAUCAGGCAAGUAUUUAUGGAAAGACGGGUGUAUGUACGAGGGGGAGUGGAAGAAGGGGAAGGCGAGCGGGAAGGGGCGGUUCUCGUGGCCGUCGGGGGCCACUUUCGAAGGCGAGUUCAAGUCGGGUCGGAUGGAGGGUUCGGGCACGUUUAUCGGGUCGGACGGGGAUAUGUACAGAGGUUCCUGGUCGGGGGAUCGUAAGCACGGCUACGGCGUGAAGCAUUACAGCAAUGGGGAUUAUUACCAGGGGCAGUGGCGGCGGAACUUGCAGGAGGGGCAGGGCCGGUAUCUAUGGCGGAACGGGAACGAGUACGUCGGGGAAUGGAAGGGGGGGAUGAUUCACGGCCGGGGGGUUCUCGUCUGGAAGAACGGGAACCGUUACGACGGGAAUUGGGAGAACGGCGUUCCCAAGGGGAACGGGGUUUUCACCUGGCCGGACGGGAGUUGUUACAUCGGAGCCUGGUCGAAUGAUUCCAACAGCGCCGCCGCCGUCCUCAACGGAACCUUUUACCCUAACCCCCGACACGACAGCAGCAACGAGGAAGCUGUUUCGAAAGGCUAUUUCGCGCACAAGCUGUCGGCUCCAUUCGUGGUGAUGGACGAGGAGAGUAUGAGCGUUGUGAUCGGCGGGAAGAAGAACAGUCGCAGAGGUGGGGGUGUGGUAAUGGAGAGAGCUUGUCCGAAAAUCUGCAUCUGGGAUUCCGACGGCGAAGCCGGCGAUAUUACCUGCGACAUUGUCGAUAACCUCGAGAUGUAUCGCGACGGGAUUCGGCAGUUUCGGAGGAAUCCCUGUUGUUUUAUUGGGGGAGAAGCGAAGAAGCCCGGGCAGACGAUUUCGAAAGGCCAUAAGAACUACGAAUUGAUGCUCAAUCUUCAGUUGGGGAUAAGGCAUUCGGUAGGGAAGCAUGCUUCCACACCUCGUGAACUCAGGCUGGCCGAUUUUGAUCCUAAGGAGAAGUUUUGGACAAGGUUUCCUUCCGAAGGAUCGAAGAUUACACCUCCCCAUCAAUCGAUGGAGUUCAGGUGGAAGGAUUACUGUCCUGUCGUGUUCAGGCAUUUGAGGGAUCUGUUUCAAGUGGAUCCCGCGGAUUAUAUGUUAGCCAUUUGUGGGAAUGAUGCUUUACGGGAACUUUCUUCUCCGGGGAAGAGCGGAAGCUUCUUUUACUUGACGCAAGACGAUAGGUUUAUGAUCAAAACUGUGAAGAAAUCCGAAGUCAAGGUGCUUAUAAAGAUGCUUCCUAGUUAUUACCAGCACGUUUGUUGUUACGAGAAUUCGCUCGUGACGAAAUUCUACGGCGUGCAUUGUGUUAAACCUGUUGGUGGGGUUAAGACACGCUUUAUUGUGAUGGGGAACUUGUUCUGCUCGGACUAUCGGAUCCAUCGAAGGUUUGACCUUAAAGGGUCGUCGUACGGUCGCACUACCGACAAAUCAAGACCAGACAUCGACGAAACCACAACUCUUAAAGACCUCGACCUGAACUACGUGUUUCGUUUGCAAACCCAUUGGUAUCAAGAAUUGAUCAAACAGAUCGAGUGCGAUUGUGAGUUCCUCGAGAAAGAACGGAUAAUGGAUUACAGUCUUUUAGUUGGUCUCCAUUUCCGCGAAGUUAGCACCGGCGACAAAUUCGGGCUGUCCCCAUUUCUGUUACAUAGAGGGAAGAGCAAUUCAUAUCAAAACGAUAAAUUCAUCCGCGGCUAUCGAUUUCUCGAGGCGGAACUUCAAGACAUGGAUCGGGUCUUAGCCGGGAGGAAGCCAUUAAUACGGCUCGGGGCAAACAUGCCAGCUCGAGCCGAGCGGGUGGUUCGAAGGAGCGAUUUUGACCAGUACAAUCGAAGCGGCGGGUUGGGGAAUGCGGCGCCUCCAGCGAGCGGGGAAGUAUACGAGGUUGUCCUCUAUUUCGGGAUCAUCGACAUCCUGCAAGAUUACGACAUAAGCAAGAAGAUCGAGCACGCGUACAAGUCCCUCCAGGUGGAUUCGACGUCGAUCUCCGCGGUAGAUCCGAAGCUUUAUUCUAGAAGGUUCCGGGACUUUGUGGGUAGGAUAUUCAGCGAAGACUGCUGAAAGUCUAUAGGAAGCACCAAUUUUUGCAUAGAAAGAAAACAUGCGGAGGAGAAGGAAGAGGCGGUAAUGAAUGAAGAUUAUCGUUGUUGUAUAUGUAAGGAGGGAGGGAGAAUAAUAAAUAGUGUACAGAUCAUUACAAUGUAAGAAAGAAUGGAUGAUUCAAAAGGGAAAAAGAGGGCUGUGGAUUUAAUCAAGACUGGGAUUUUUUUCUUUUUUUCACAUGGAAUGGAAUGGAAUUGAAUUGGAGAGAGAAAAUACAAAGGGUAAAAUGGUAAAUUUGGUGCCCA